CUCCCUCAGCGGUUGCCACCGCCGGAGACGGUUGGAAGAACCGUUGUGGGAGCGCUACACGAGGCAGGCGACUUCUCCUUCUCCACGACCGGGCCCCGCAAGCAGCGGAGUCGGCGCUACUGUCGCUCGACAGGGUAUCUGAAGUAAAAGGGGCAUUUAAAUCAAACGGUAUUGAGAUGGAUUGGGUUAUGAAACAUAAUGGUCCAAAUGACGCUAGUGAUGGGACAGUACGACUUCGUGGACUGCCAUUUGGUUGCAGCAAAGAGGAAAUAGUUCAGUUCUUUCAAGGGUUGGAAAUCGUGCCAAAUGGGAUAACAUUGACGAUGGACUACCAGGGGAGAAGCACAGGGGAGGCCUUCGUGCAGUUUGCUUCAAAGGAGAUAGCAGAAAAUGCUCUGGGGAAACACAAGGAAAGAAUAGGGCACAGGUAUAUUGAGAUCUUCCGAAGUAGCAGGAGUGAAAUCAAAGGAUUUUAUGACCCACCAAGAAGAUUGCUGGGCCAGCGACCGGGACCAUAUGAUAGACCAAUAGGAGGAAGAGGGGGUUAUUAUGGAGCUGGGCGUGGAAGUUAUGGAGGUUUUGAUGACUAUGGUGGCUAUAAUAAUUAUGGCUAUGGAAAUGAUGGCUUUGAUGACAGAAUGAGAGAUGGAAGAGGUAUGGGAGGACAUGGCUAUGGUGGAGCUGGUGAUGCAAGUUCAGGUUUUCAUGGUGGUCAUUUCGUACAUAUGAGAGGAUUACCUUUUCGUGCAACUGAAAAUGACAUUGCUAAUUUCUUCUCACCGCUAAAUCCAAUACGAGUGCAUAUUGAUAUUGGAGCAGAUGGCAGAGCAACAGGAGAAGCAGAUGUAGAGUUUGUGACACAUGAAGAUGCAGUAGCUGCCAUGUCUAAGGAUAAGAAUAACAUGCAACAUCGAUAUAUUGAACUCUUUUUGAAUUCAACUCCUGGAGGCGGUUCCGGAAUGGGAGGUUCUGGAAUGGGAGGCUAUGGCAGAGAUGGAAUGGAUAAUCAGGGAGGCUAUGGAUCGGUUGGAAGAAUGGGAAUGGGGAACAAUUAUAGUGGAGGAUAUGGUACUCCUGAUGGUUUGGGUGGUUAUGGCCGUGGUGGUGGAGGUAGUGGCGGUUACUAUGGGCAAGGUGGCAUGAGUGGAGGUGGAUGGCGUGGCAUGUACUAAAGCAUAACAACCAACAUAAAAGUCCUGGCAACAGCAUCUGGUCUACUAGACUUUCUUACAGAUUUAAUUUCUUUUGUAUUUUAAGAACUUUAUAAUGACUGAAGGAAUGUGUUUUCAAAAUAUUAUUUGGUAAAGCAACAGAUUGUGAUGGGAAAAUCUGUUUUCUGUAGGUUUUAUUUGUUGCAUACUUUGACUUAAAAAAUAAAUUUUUAUAUUCAAACCACUGAUGUUGAUACUUUUUAUAUACUAGUUACUCCUAAGGAUGUGCUGCUUUCAUAAGAUUUGGGUUGGUGUAUUUUACUAUUAGCUGUACAAGAAGUAGUAUAGUGUAAUCUUAGAGGACAGUGGUUCACCUCUGCAUAAACUACAAGUCUUAAUAAGCAGACAUCUGGAAUAGAACUUGGAAAAUAAUUAGUGUAACUCUUUAAUUUCUCUUGGACAAUACUGUAAAUAUAAAACCUAAAGAUGAGUUUAGGUGGUUUCAGGAGUAUAAAUUCAGCUAAUUCUAUAUUAUUUUUCAAUCAUCAUUUAUCAGGCAUAGCUCUGAAAUGUUGAACAUCUAACAGGUUAUCUGGAUUUCUGAAUAUUCAUAAUUUGUUACCUGCAGGUGAGAGUGUUGGAAGUUUAAAUUCUAGCCCUAGAUUUUAGAAUAAAUCUCAGCACUUGACUGAAGUACCAAAAAAUGUUUCCAAAAAUGAUAGUUGUAAGUUAUCUCAAAAUGUCUUAGACUAGGUUCUCAGUGAUAAGAGAAUUCAGUACAAGUACAAAGGUAUAUUUACUGUGCAGUGUAACUCUCACAGAUGUAUUUUCGGUUUCCAGCCCAGUAGUUAAAGUGUAUGGGGUUUUUUGGGGGGUUUUUUUUUGUUUUGUUUUGUUUUUUUGUUUUUUUUUUUUAAAUAACUGUAUAGAUGAAUACUUUAAAAAAAAUGUAAGACACAAGUCCAUGUCUUGAGAGUCUUGCGGUUAGAUUCUGCAUCUGAUAUGUUUGGAGUUUAAGAGCCAUUGUGUUAAAAAUAAUAUGUAGCAAGGAAAAGGUGCUUUUUACUUUUAAUCCCUUUGAUCAAUAUGGCUUUUUUCCAAAUUGGCUGAUGGAUCAAAAUGAAACCUGUCAAUGUGAACUCAGUUACUGAACUUGUUACUUGUUUUUGCUAGAAAUGUUAUUAAUGUAAUAAAUAUCAAUGUGGGAGAUAAG